UGGUGAAACAGUUGCGGGGUGACGACGUUGAUUGGUUUGCAAGGAGGCUGAACCUGAACUCCUCCAUUUCCUCCGGCAGCUGCAGGGAUCGGUCGGAGUGAGAGCUGAGCGCUGAGGUGAGCAUGCACACCCGGCGGGGGUUAGCUAGGCAGGCAACCACUAUUUACUCCCGGCCUCUGCUUCCGCCAUAUCGCCGCGCUACGCACUCCAAAGACCCGCGCGGAUAAAAGCCCCGGCAGGCACCCCACCCGUCCCGGGUCUCGCGGUGAAACCCAUCGUCCCGCAACCUCGCUCGCCAUCAUGUCCUCCUCCGCCUCGUCUCUCCAGUCGCCUCCCGCCGGCGCGAUAGGCGGCACGUCCCCCUACUCCGCGUCCUCGUCGUUCCUCCCCUCGUUCAUGAUCAUCGCCGCGCUGCUCGCCUUCGUCUUCCUCGCCUCCGUCUCCAUCCACCUCCUGCUCCGCUUCCUCUCAUCAGCAGUCCGCGCCUCCUCCUCCUCCUCGUCGGGGCCGCCGCUCCCCCGGACUCACCGCGAUGGUGAGGCGGGGUCGGGGUCGCCGGGGAGCGCGGCAGAUUAUUCAGCGGAGAGACCCGCGGCAGCCGCGGCCGAGGGCGGGAAGAAGGAGGAGGCGCCGGGCGACGAGAAGCAGCGGCUGAUCGACUCGCUGCCGCUGUUCACGAUGGCCUCGGCGCUGGCGGCGCUGCCCAAGAGCUCGCCCGACUGCGCCGUCUGCCUGUCGCCGUUCACGCCCGACGCGGAGCUGCGGCUGCUCCCCGCGUGCCGCCACGCGUUCCACGCCGCCUGCGUCGACGCCUGGCUCCGCACCACGCCGUCCUGCCCGCUCUGCCGCGCCGCCGUCGCGCCCCCGCACCCCUCGCUCGCCGCCGCCAUGCGCGCCGCCGCGCAGCAGCCGCAGAGGAGCAGGGGGCAGUCGGGGCCGAGCUUCCUCGUGGAGAUCGGCACCGUCAGCAACCGCGGCUCGUCCCCGGCGGUUGCCCGCGGCGGCGACAGGAAUAGCCGCACCUAUUCGCUCGGCUCCUUCGACUACCAGAUCGACGAGGAGGUGGAGGCCGUGGUGUCCCGCGUCGCGCGCAUCAUCGCCGCGAGAGAAUCGAGCACCGUCAAGGAGGAGAAGCCCCCAGCCGAGGAAGGGUCCGCGCCUUCGCUGGCCGGGGCGCCGGUGCCCUCGCCUCCCGGCGAAGCGGUGGCCGAGGCAGCGGGCUCCUCGCGCGGGUGGCUGCGGGAGUACGUGGACCGGUUGGCCUCGUCGGCCUACACGUUCUCGGAGCGGUGGAGCUCGCGGUGGAGCCCGGGGGGGCAGCAGCGGCAGGAGGAGCCGUGGCUCUGGGACGCGGAGGCCGCGGGAAUGUCGGCGCCGCCGGGGUCGGACGACGACGAGGAGGAGACGGCGUUCAUGGUGAUGUACCGCUGGAUUGCCGGGGUGUAAACGUAGUCGGAAAAACUUACCAGGGCUUCCGUAGUUCCGUGUCAAGCUGCUAGUUCAGGUUGAGGUUGAGGUGAGGUGAUCCAAAUGUUUUGGAAGCUCCUGUUGACUGAGGUGCAUGGUGUAGGCGUCAGCGGCAGCAGUGUGUAUCGGCAUUUGCACAUAGUUCAUGGGUCCUCGGAGUUCGCAUUUUGGAACGCGAGGAGAUAAGACGCCGAGAUAGAUAACGUGCAUGCACAACUGUUUCUACUA